UCCAGCGGGGGAACGAAAUCAACUUUAUGAACAACUUCAACUAACUACAACGCGCAGUGCAGCGGCGCGCGCACCGGGGUCAAACAUCGGAUUUAUUCGUGAUUAAAAGUUAUUUUUCUUCUUCUUUUUUCGUCUAACCGUCAUGACGUCGUCGCGGCGCGUCACGACGCACCCCAAUUAAACCCCUGUUGCAGUAAAUGGAUCUACUGGUUCUGCGCGAGCCAAAGUGAACCCGACUGGUCACCUGAGUUAACUAGACAGCAUGGCUGGAGAAGACCGUUACCUUCAUCCGUCCAGCCAGACUUCUUCUCAGAUCUUCGACAACAUGGGAAUGGAUCAGGUGUGGGAUUUUACACAUUUCCCCGUGAUGUCCCAGAAUGCAUCGCUGCAGACAGUGGACGGACCAUUCCUGCAGAUCGUGGAGCAGCCCAAACAGCGAGGCUUCAGGUUCAGGUACGGCUGUGAAGGCCCAUCCCACGGGGGCCUGCCAGGAGCCUCCAGCGAGAAGAACAGCAAGACCUACCCCGCCGUCAAGAUCAGUAACUACCAGGGCCCGGCCCGGGUGGUGGUCCAGCUGGUGACGGCGCUGACCCCCCACCCCCAGCUGCACGCGCACAGCCUGGUGGGGAAGCAGUGCGACAAAGGGAUCUGUGUCACGGACCUGCAGCCCAAAGACUCCAACAUCAGCUUCCCUAACCUCGGCAUCCUCCACGUGACGAAGAAGAACGUGUCGAAGACGCUGGAGGAGCGCAUGGUGGAGGCCGUGAGGCUGGGCCACAGCGGGGGGGUCCGCAUCCACCCCGACAUCGACGCCCUGCAGGGGGAGGUCCGCGCGCCCCGGGACCUCACCGACCACCAGCGCAGCGUGAUGAGCAGCGCCGCGUCCCUGCAGGCGAAGGAGAUGGACCUCAGCGUGGCCCGCCUCAUGUUCACGGCCUUCCUGCCCAACAGCGACGGAGGCUUCUCCAGGCGGCUGGAGCCCGUCGUGUCCGACCCCAUCUACGACAGCAAAGCUCCCAACGCCUCCAACCUGAAGAUCGUGAGGAUGGAUCGCACCGCCGGCUGCGUGAGCGGAGGAGAGGAGGUCUACCUGCUGUGUGACAAGGUCCAGAAAGAUGACAUCCAGGUUCGGUUCUUUGAAGAAGACAACUCGGGGGUCACCUGGGAGGCUCAGGGAGAUUUCUCCCCUACAGACGUCCACAGACAGUUCGCCAUCGUGUUCAAGACUCCGAAGUAUCGAGACCAGAACCUCCAGAAGCCGACGGCGGUGUUCGUCCAGCUGAAGAGGAAGUCCGACAACGAGACCAGCGACCCCAAGCCCUUCACCUACCACCCUCAGAUCAUAGACAAGGAGGAGGUGCAGAGGAAGAGACAGAAGACGUUGCCAAACUUCCAGGACUUCAGCGGCCACGGAGGAGGUGGAAGUCUGUACCGAGGAGGAGGAGGAGGAGGAGGAGGUCCUGCUGCAGGUGGAGGACCUGGAUCUGCAGGAGAAGGAGGUUACUUCCAGGGCUUCACUACCUACAACUAUGGCGGAGCAGGAGGAGGAGGAGGAGGAGGUUUCUCCACAGGAUACUCAGCUGGUCUGGGAGGAGGAGGAGGAGGAGGAGGAGGAGGAGGCCUCAAACACGAGGAAAAGAAAAAAGCGGGCGACGUGACAGACGACCGCCACCCAGACGAUGACUCGGGGUCGGGGGUCGCGCUGAGAGCUGCCGCCCGGCCAGGAGGCCUGGAUGUGGGGGGGAGGAGUGAGGAGGGAGGGGUCAGUGCGGAGGAGCCUGAAGGCGACCUCCGGCUGCAGGCGGCCGGCGGCCGGCUCGAGGCUCUGUUUCGGUAUUCGGUGACCGGCGACUCGGCCUAUCUGCUGGCGGCGCAACGGCAGCUGAUGGCGGCGCAGGACGAGGACGGAGACACGGGCCUCCACCUGGCAGUCCUCCACAGCCAGCAGGAGGCGCUGAAGAGUCUGACGCAGGUGGUCUCCGCUCUGCCCGGAGAGGAGGUGCUCAACAUGAGAAACCACCUCUACCAGACUCCUUUGCACCUGGCCGUGAUCACCCAGCAGAGGGAGGCGGUGGAAGCGCUGCUAUUGGCCGGCGCCGACCCGACUCUGACGGACCGCCACGGCAACACGGCGCUCCACCUGGCGUCCCGGCUGGAAGGAGGAGGAGGAGGAGGAGGAGGGAUAGUCCAGUUUCUACUGCAGCACAGAGAGAUGAGUGAGCUGCUGGACCACACCAACACAGCAGGUCUGUGUGCGAUCCACCUGGCCGUCCUGGCCAAUCAGCUGUCUUCUCUCAGGGAGCUGCUGGUGGGCGGGGCUAACGUGGAGGCUCAGGAGCGCGGCUGUGGACGCACCGCGCUCCACCUCGCCACCGAGAGGGACAACGUGUCGCUGGCCGGCUGCCUGCUGCUGGAGGGAAACGCUCAGGUGGACUGCUUCACCUUCAACGGCUCCACCCCCCUCCACAUCGCCGCAGGCCGAGGCUCCGUCAAGCUGACGGCUCUCCUGAUGGCUGCAGGAGCGAACCCUCAGAAGGAGAACUUUGAGCCACUCUUCUUCAGGGAGGAGGACUGUGAUGAAGAGAGGGAGGAUGAGGAUGAAGAUGAAGGCUACAUCCCAGGAACCACUCCUCUCAACAUGGCCGCCACCACUCAGGUGUUGGAGCUUCUGAAUGGAAAAGAAUAUGAAACAAAAUGUCCACAAAAAGCCUUCACCCCUUCUCAAGGCGACUUGGCGAUCCUGGACCUGGAGGUGAAGCAGCAGGUGUGUCGCGCUCUGGAGAGUGAAGGAUGCUGGGAAAACCUGGCUCACAGUCUGGGCCUCGGGAUCCUCAACACGGCCUUCAGGCUGAGCCCCUCCCCCGCCAAGACACUGCUGGACAGCUACGAGGUUUCAGGCGGGACGGUCAGGGACCUGCUGGCUGGUCUCAGGUCAGUCGGCGAGUGCAGAGGGCUGAGCGUCCUGGAGGAGGCGCUGCGUCGCCGCCAUGAGGAUGAGGAUGAGGAGGAGGAGGAGGAGGAGGAGGAGGAGCCGAGCGGCGAGUCUCUGGCUCGGGAUCCGAAGGCGGACCCUCGGGUGGACAGCGGCGUGGAGCUCUCAACGGCGUGACGCCCUCCACGGCGUGACGCCCUCCACGGCGUGACGCCCUCCACGGCGUGACGCCCUCCACGGCGUGACGCUCUCCACGGCGUGACGCCUUCGGCCUUCGACUCGGGGACGAAGGUUUCUCACAGCUAAGAUUCAACCGAACGGGGACGAGAAACGAAAAGUUAAAGUGCCGUUUUGACGGUUGUCCGCCCACACUACACUCCAGCAGCUCCACCAAAGAACACGUGUCUGGUUCCUCCAGAGGAAUCAUUGACCCCAAAGAGUCCCUCCAAGGUCACGCGGUGUACAGAGUGUUGACGUGAUUGAUUAGUGUCUGCAGGGGGACGGUGCUAUUGAUACUGAGAUGACUGUAGAGAGGGUCAGUUACCCCGAAAGGAACGGUUUUAUUAAUUGUGUCUUCAGGUGACACUCACGUCCACCUGGAGGAGGAUUCCUCCAGUUCAUGCUUCAGAUCCACAGUCUGGUCCCGGUCCUGGUCCUGGUUCUGGUUCUGGUCCUGGUCCAGGGGGAAUCAUCCCAACAACUCUCUAAAUAUGAACACCUGAACAUUGUCUUUUAAGACAUUUGAGAAACAGUGGAACUCCUUUUUCAAUGUGCACGUUUUUAAAUCUGGUUUGUGUUUUUUUCAAUUUUCAGCGCCCUGUAAUUUGUGUCCUUCUCACCACCGAAAACCUUUCAAAGAGAAACGGGGUUCGUACGCUCAGGGAAAACCUGGAGAAGUCCUGACAUUUUAAAAUAGUUAUCAGGCCUGGAAAAGACCUCGAAAAAAAUACAUAUUUCCAAAAGUUUUGGAAAAGUCACGGAAAACCGUUUAUUCAUAUUCAUUUACACAGUUUGAUGAAAAGAAUACAACUUUAUAUAAAUAUUUAUUCUUUUAAUCAAACUAUUGUCUCGUUUGUGUCAUUUAAGGUAAACUCAGUCAUGGACAUUUGGUUUAAAGUCCUGGACUCCCAUUGGUCAACAUGUGUAUGAACCAUCAACUCUUUUUUAAUAAUAUUCUUCGUGUAUUUUCGUCGAGGAGGUGGAGGACGGUCUGUUUGAGCCUCGCGUGAUGCAAAGCAUUGUGGGAAAAGAAAAAAGAAGUCUAGAGCUGUGAGGAGUCGUUGUCUCUUGUGUGUGAAACCGAAGCUCCUUUGAUAUUUAUAUAUUUGCCAGCACUGUACAGUCAACACCAGCAUUUCAUUGGUUGUUAUUUUUUAAAUAAAGUUUUUUUAUAUAUAUAUAUAUAAACUUUUGUUAAGUGUGUUUAUUUAUAACUGUAAAUAAUUACUUGACUUGUGUCAUUUCCACAAAUUUGGCCACAGGAAGUACUGUGAUAUUCUCCUAAAAAUACACAUUUAACUUUAAUUACACAUACUAUAUAAAUAUAUAUACUUGUAUAUGGUAGAUUUAAUUGAAUUGUUAAUUGUAUUCUAGUUCGUGCAAAUUAAACCUAUGAAGCUCAACACAGGGCUUGUUGUACUUUAUUUUUGUAAAUAUUGUCGUGGGAAGCAGAAUAAUCUAAAUGUGGUUGAUCAAAAAAUAAAUGAAGUAAAUAUUG